GUAAGGAGGAACUAAACCACAGUUUACUUUCACUCUCACAGCCUUUCACAGGAAAUAAAAUAUCAGAAGUAGGCUAGACUAUGAACCACACAAUGUUUUGGCAUAUAUAAUUUGAAUGUACUUUUAUUAUCUGAACAAACAAACGAAUGAGCAAAUAUGCCCAAACUAACGCUCAUCGGAUUGUACUUUUGGAUUUGUCUGGCGCAAAAGGUGGUUUCCAAAGAUCUUUAUCAUGAAGUGGAAGGGAAGCUCGUGUUGACGCCGGACAAGUCCACAGUGCCUGACCCCAUCACACGCAUCCUAUGGAAGCAUGGGAAGAACAAGGUGGCAGAGUGGGACAAGGAUUUUGGUGGUCUGGACAUCUAUGCUGAAUUUAAAAAGCGUACAACCCUGGACCAGACUACUGGAGAGCUGAGAAUCAGUGGAUUGAUGAAAACAGACAGUGGAGUUUAUUCUGUGGAGUUCAACAGCAAAUUGCUAGACAUUACAUAUAAACUGUCUGUUAUCAAGGCAGUUCCCAAACCCAAAAUCACGUCUUCCUGUAACGCCAACAAAACCUCCUGCACUCUGACCUGUGAAGGUAACACCACUGAUGCUGAACCCGUCACCUACAGAUGGAAAGUGGCAGAGGGGGCGUGGGAAGUCGGAGUAGAACAGUUUAACGUCUUUAAGAGCGACACUGGCCAAUCAAACAACGGUUACAAGUACAUCUGCAAGCUGAAUAAUGCUGUUAGUGGGAAAGGGGAAGUCAGUGAGCCAGUUGGAGAGGUGUUUGGUCCAGAGCCUUCCAGUACCAGUACUAUUGUUGUUGGUGUUGUCAUAUUAGUGCUUAUUAGUGCUUGCGUCAUAACAGGAUUUCUGGUGUGGAAGAAAAAGACAAAAUAUCCCCAAAACACCUGGAUUGACUUUUUGAGAAAGUUUUGUGGUGCAAGGUUUGGGGAUGAUCAGGUCACCAACCGUGGAGCUUCAGGGAUUCUAUCUGGGGUUGCCAUGGAUACAGUUUAUAGCACUGUAGGGGAGAAGUCUUCUAGAGAUUACUCCAGGAAUCAGAAUAAUAACAAUCAUCCCACUAACACAGUUAGAUCCAGUGAUGGAAACAACCAAACCACAGUUAAACUCAGUGAUGGAGUCCAGCCAGAACAAGAGACGGUUAGGCUACUGUCCAACAAAACAGGGGAUGAUGACACAGACAAAUUGCAGGGGAAUGGAGGCAGUGAUGGAGUCCAGCCAGACCCAGUGGCCGAGUCUAAAACGGAUGGCAGCGUUGCACCAGUGGGCGAGGAUGAGUCUAAAACGGAUGGCAGCACUGCACCAGUGGGCGCGGAUGAGUCUAAAACGGAUGGCAGCCCUGCGCCAGUGGGCGAGGAUGAAUCUAAAACGGAUGGCAGCCCUGCGCCAGUGGGCGAGGAUGAGUCUAAAACGGAUGGCUGCGCUGCACCAGUGAGCGAGGAUGAGUCUAAAACGGAUGGCUGCGCUGCACCAGUGGGCGAGGAUGAGUCUAAAACGGAUGGCUGCGCUGCACCAGUGGGCGAGGAUGAGUCUAAAACGGAUGGCUGCGCUGCACCAGUGGGUGAGAAUGAGUCUAAAACGGAUGGCUGCGCUGCACCAGUGGGUGAGAAUGAGUCUAAAACGGAUGGCUGCGCUGCACCAGUGGGCGAGGAUGAGUCUAAAACGGAUGUCAGCGCUGCACCAGGGGCUGACCUAAACGCAGCUGAAGGAGAGGCAAAAGGAGGGAAAUAUGAUUCCGUAUUGUAGGACGGGAACUCUGGACCAGAGGUACGCAGAGGAUCAUGAAGACAAGAGAACCCACCGUCUCACCUGAGUUACCAGCACUGGACGACAAGGCAUUCUAACGUUCAGAGAACAUUUCCAUAGCAAUAGACUGGCUUGUGUUCGGUGAAACUGAGGUCCAUUUUUAACAGUCACUUGUCCUUUCUAAACAAGUGUGCUUUAUAAAAACAAGGAGUGGGAAAUGUGUGGCAAUAGUUUGACCCCUAGAAGACCUUUUUGAAAUUGAAAGUAUAGAAA